AUGACACGCCAAACUAUCUCUCCUCUAUUACGGGCAACCCUGGCCCCCGACACGGCCAAGCGCUACAACGGAACAGAACAUGAGACGAAGAUCUUGCCAGCGGGCUGGAAGCUGACGGACACUCAUGCGCCUUUCCGGGUGGAAACCAUUUGGGAGAGAAAUGUCCGUGUGCAGAUGAGAGACGGUUGCCACAUCUACAUGGACAUUUUCAGGCCCUGUAACUCUGCGGAAGACAAGGUUCCCGCACUGAUGUCCUGGAGUCCGUAUGGGAGAUCAUCGGGCCAUGCUGGUGGCUUUGAUCCACUGGAUAUGAUUCCGGGUCGGUUCGAGGCUCCUGAUCCCGCCGAAUGGACGGCGAAAGGAUAUGCAAUUGUGAAUCCCGAUUCUCGGGGCAUUUGUGAUUCCGAGGGCGUUGCUCAGCAUUUCGGUGACAUUGAGGCCAACGAUGGACACGAUACGAUUGAAUAUGUGGCAGGCCUCCCAUGGUGUAAUGGCAAGGUGGCCUUGGUCGGCAAUUCCUGGUUAGGCAUUGUGCAAUGGUUUAUUGCUGCCACGCAGCCACCGCAUUUAAGCUGCAUUGCCCCCCUCGAAGGCGCGGGAGACUUGUACCGGGACAUCCUCUGUCGAGGUGGCAUUCCACAGACUCCGUUUUGGGACUUUCUUUCUAGUCUACUGAGAGGCAGGAACAAGCAGGAGGAUGUGAUUGGCAUGUUGCAGAAGUAUCCUCUGAUGAAUGAAUACUGGGCAAGCAAAAGAGCCGCGAUGGAGAAGAUCACGGCCCCUGCUUAUGUUCUUGCCAGCUAUUCCACCUUCCUUCAUACAUUCGGCUCGUUCCGUGGAUUUACCGAAAUCCCGCAUUCCAACAAAUGGUUGCGGGUGCAUGCUACCCAGGAGUGGCAUGAUCUCUACCAAACCUCCACCAACGAUGAGCUGCAAAAGUUCUUCGACUUUUACACCAAGGGUAUUCGCAACGGAUGGGAGGAGACCCCAAAGGCGAGGGUGUCUCUUCUGCGAUACAACAAGGUACUGACUUACUCGCAUAAGCCUGACCGGCUUGAGGCGGAACGGAAUGCUAACCCUAACCCGUGGCAGGAACCCUUGACCAAUCUUCCCUUCCCUAACUGGCCCAUUCCGAGCACCAUGGCUCAAACGCUGUUCCUCCACAAGGAGAAUGUCUUAUCUGAAGAGCCGGCACCCUCCGCCGCCUCUCUAUCGUACAUUUCCGACGUCCCAUUCCAGCAGGUGGACGCGGAUUCGGAAGAGCUCUCGUUUGUUCUUACCUUUGAGAAGUCAUGUGCCCUCGUUGGGUCAGCACGGGCCCUGCUGUAUAUGUCAUGCGAACAGGGAGCCGAUAUGGAUGUCUUCGUUCAGAUCCGCAAGGCAGACUCCACAGGCAAGGUCCUGCGGAGCAUCAACAUCCCCGCCGACGCCCGGACGAUCUGCAGAAUGCCCGAGCCGGUUGAGCUGAUCAAUCCACUGGUGCAUUUAGGCCCAACAGGGUGCCUCCGGGCGAGUCACCGUGCCCUCGAUGAGGACCUGAGCAAUGAGUGGUGGCCCGAACAUGAUUACUCUUCUCGGCAGCCGAUUGCCCCUGGCGAAAUUGUCGAAUUGGACAUCGGCCUCUGGCAGACGGGUAUAUAUUUUGAGCCGGGCGAGAAGCUUGUUCUGAAGGUAGCGGGUCAUAAUAUGACUCUCGCCGAAUUUCCCGAAUUGCGUGGAGCUAUGCAGAACUUUAACCACGGUAAACACUUUCUCCAUGUCGGCGGACCUCACGCGAGUCGAUUGACCAUUCCGACUGUCCCUUCGGUCUGUGAUGCAUGA